AUGGCGCCGCUGGACGUAGCUUCAGCGUUGUGCGAACGCGUCGUGUCAAUUCUACAUUCUCGCAUCGACACCAUCAUGGGCCACACCAGCAUGGCUCAGCGACUACUCACCAGCUUCGCGCUGCUCACUACCAGCGUCUCUAGCGUUUCUGCAGCAUACAACAUUUCAUCUGCAGUCACGCUUCCCGGCUACGGUACCUUUGUCGGCACCACGGUCUCGCAAACUCUGACAAAGAAGCCUCUACCACGCGGUGUAGACGCCUGGCUCGGUAUCGACUAUGCUUCUCAGCCUGUUGGAGAGGCAAGAUUUGCGCCUGUUGGCGCGCCAGAGCCUUUCGAUGGGGUCAAGAACGCGAGUAGUUAUGGGUUUUCGUGUUUCCAGGAUCCAGACGAACUCCCGUAUGAACUGGAUGAGGCGUGUUUGAGCAUGAACGUUUUCCGGCCGCAGGGCGUUGCGGAUGAUGCGGAAUUACCGGUGCUGAUCUGGAUUCAUGGGGGUGGCUUCGUUGCUGGAAGCGCGAGGAGCUUCGAUGGUGCUUCCUUCGUGGCUAACUCUAGGGAGCCGCUUGUGGUUGUUACUUUCAACUACAGAGUUAACUCUCUGGGCUUCCUCCCGUCCCCAGUUUUUGAGCGCGAAGGACUUCUUAACCUCGGACUCCGCGAUCAGGAGACCCUGUUCAAGUUUGUUCAGAAAUACAUCUCUGUUUUUGGAGGCGAUGCUUCUCGCGUCACGAUUGGAGGUCGCUCAGCUGGUGCGCACUCAGUCGGCAUUCAUCUCUUCCACAACUACAACAAAACCGAGGGUGCACCAGCGCUCUUCUCGCAGGCUCUUCUCCAGUCCGGCAGUGUGACUGCUCGAGCGUUCCCGAACGCAUCUUACCCACUGUACCAGGAGCAAUUUGCGCAAUACCUUGGCUACACAGGAUGCAGCGCAGUAGCCAAUAGCACCGAUGCCGAAAUCCUCAGCUGCCUUCGAUCCGUCCCCAUCGAUGCGAUCCAGAACGCCAGCGCUCUGCUGUGGCGCGCUUCAGAAUACCCCAUCACGUGGCCAUUCCAACCCACGCGAGGCGGUCCUCUCCUCGAGCAAGCAGGCUCAACAUCCGGGAUCAACGAACAAUUCUACCGCAUCCCCACCAUCACUACCAACGUUGUCGACGAAGCAAAGUAUUACUCUCCAGGCGACAUAUCCACCAACGAAGAUUUCCUCGCCUUCAUCAAGAACCUGAUCCCCGGUCUGACCACCGAGGAUCUGUCUGAUCUCGAGGAGCUAUACCCUGACCCAGCAGACGACAUCAACGGCCCUUACGCCCACAGCCCAAACUCCACCCAAUACAACCGCAUCUCUGCCGCGCUUACCGACUACAUGUACGUCUGCGCUGGCCAGGAAACCGCCAUGCGCAUGUCGUCUGCCUCAGUCCCCGUUUACAAAAUGGUUUUCGCCGUGAACAACACAUUCCCAACUUGGAAAGGCAUCCCCCACACCGCCGACACAAAGUACACAUGGGCUGAACCGGCCGGUAGCGGUGGAGUGCAGUACCCAGAAGUAGGCAAGGAGUUACUUAAUGCGUACUUCUCCGACUUUGUUGCAUUAGGCGAUCCGAAUGCGGGUAAUAGGACUGGUGUACCGGUUUGGCCAAAGUAUGAGGACGAGGGCGAAGGUAGACCGGGGUUGCAGUUGAGGAUGGAGGCUUUUGGCAAUAGCAGGGUGGAGGGAGAUGCGAUUAGGAGGCGUCAAUGCGAGUGGUGGAGGGACGAAAGCAGGGCUGCGAGGUUGGAGAAGUAG